AUGACGCGAUUGCUAGUGUUGGCAGUGAGUUUGGUGGUGUUGCUUCAUGUGGAAGCGGAAGCCAAUCCACGUUUUGAUGGAUAUACGUACACUACGCCCGCCGCAGAUGGGUACCACUAUACGACACCGGCCUGUGGUUUGCCGCCACCGUGCAAUCCCGAAACGAGUACGGUGGUCCGUCCAACCACCAUCACCAAGACGGAUGUCCGUACGUCCACCGACUUCCGGACCCAGAUCGUCCCUACGACGACUACCGUCACUAGUCGCACUACCGCCGUCUCGACGAAGGUGGUUACGGACGUCGUUACGGAAACGUUACCGCCGGUCACAUCGACCAGAACCAGCACCCGUACCAACACCGUUACCUCGCGCACAACGGAAACGGCAUUCUUUACCGAAACCGAGCGGGAAACGGAAACGCGUACCAACACGAUAACCCAAACCAAAUCGAUCACCUCGACGAAGAUCGUUCCAACGACGGUUGUGCGUACCGUGACCACGACGGAGCCACCGGUCGUGCUGACAGAUACCGUGACCGACAGGAUUACGUCCACCCGUACCAACACGGUAACCCGCACCAACACCGUUACCUCGACCAUCGUGGAACCAACGCCCGUCUACGAGUACUUUACCGAGACGCAAACACGCACCGUUACCAAGACGACGGCUACACCGGUGCUGACCACCGUUACACGCACGCAAACCGUGCCCGUGGUCACGACGAUCACGCAACCCUGCACACCCGACCGAUCGUACCUACCGGCACAGUCAACCUGUCCCCCGACGAGGGAUUAUCUGCCACCGCCACCGGCGCAACCACCGAUAGACUAUCUGCCACCACCGAAGAAGGACGUGUCGUAUCUGCUGUCGCGAAAGAAUCUCUUCCAGCUUAUCUAG